AUGACUUCAGUCUUCAGCGCAAGUUCAUAUAUCAAAUGCUCUUCAAAUGCCAACAAAUAUACUACCGGAACUGCUAUAUACAGAGCAGGAGAAGAUGAAUUUGUAGAAUACAAAUUCAAAGCGUUCCGCUCUGAAUUAAUUGAGGAAAUUUGGGAAAAAACUAUUGCAUCAAUUAUUGGAAGAUUUGCGAUAGAAAAUGAUGAACUAAAUAUAACAGUUAAUCAGUAUAUCCCUUUAAAUAUCUCUGCACUUGGUGACGAACUUAUGAUUUACGACCUCCCAGUUGCUCCAGCAUUCGGAAUAUUUACAGCACCAGUACAAGAUCCAGCUGUAACAGAAAAUGAUCAAGGAAUUUUUAGAUUAAAAAGAAAUGUGUACAAUGGAGUAACAGGAAAACAAUCUCAAAUGUCAAUUCUAUGUAAAUACCCUCUUCAUAACCGGCAUGCCAACGUAGCCAAAGCAACAACACGAAGACCAAUUUUUUCCAUAGGUGGAGAGCUCAUACCACUUACAAAUUCAGCUUUUAUUCUUUGUGAAACUAUAGAAUGGAAUUAUCCUCUUUCCUCGCCUACAUCUCAAUCAACCUCUGAAGUAAAUGCCUAUUCAAAACAACCUAAUAAACGCAAGAGACAAGAACUUGAACAUAUCGCCGAAAAAUUUAACACACACUCUAGCUCAACUUACUACAAAAAACAAACAAUAAGAAACAAACCAGACAAUACUCCAAACUCAAAAACCCCUAAUUUCACUUCUGACUCAGCAAGAAUUACUCAACUUCAAGCUACAUUGGAUCAAAUGAGAGGAUAUUCUUCAAAUCAAAGCAAUCAACCCACCCAUACUGAAUCCAAUGAAGAUAAAGGUAAAAAACUAGUUUAUCACGAUUAUAAUACAGACACAGUUCCAUCUACUCCAUCUACAAGCAACACUUCCGGUUAUGACCAAGAAGAUUCAAACGAAAAUCAAAAUUAUUCUGAAUCACCAACUUCUGAAUAA